AUUUAUUUACAAGUCAGCAUUACAUGACUUUCUACAUAUUGCAUUGGAGAUGAAGAUAGGUUAACAUUGCUGAGCAGUAAAUUUUUAUUAAUGUGAACAGUCUCCCAUUGGAGAUGCUCUAAGUACUCCUCAUAUUAUACUUGUAGAAGACUAGGUCAUGCAUUUAAAAUAGUAGAAGAGACCAAAGAUUGAGAAUACAAAUCGUCGCCUUCCCGCCUGAACUAAAGUCUUCCCCUGCAUUUUAUUUCUUCGAGAAUGCAUGUGCUAAUGCUCGGGUUCUUAAUUGAGGCCUAUUUCUAAUCUACAUACAUUAGAAAUUGAGAGCUAGUAUUGAUCUAAUGGCUAGUCAUCGUCGUCUACGAAGUAAAACUGCGUCUAAUCGAAUAAGUCAGCUGCCGGAAGAUGUAAAGCACAGAAUUCUGGAGUGCUUAACCACUCGAGAGGCUGCCAGAACUGCUCUUCUCUCAACUCAAUGGCGUGAUGUUUGGUUGCGGCACGAUCAGCUUGUUUUUGACUGGAGAUUAGGCGAAGAUGUGGACGAAGAAUGCUCCAUUUUGGUGGAAAUGAUAACUGGCGUUCUUUUGCUCCGUUCUGGACCGGUUAAGAAAUUUACGCUGCAGACUUUCUUUGAAGAAUCUACUCCUUAUAAAUCUGAUUUAGACCUGUGGUGUCUUUUUCUAUCAAGAAAUGGUAUCCAGAACCUCCAACUCUUUAUUGAGCAUAAUGAAGACGUUGCAGAGAAAUACACACUCCCGUUCUGCCUAAUUGCUUGCCCUACGAUUAAGAAUCUGGAACUUGACUAUGUGGAUUUUUGUUUCCCAGUUAAUGCUCGACUAGGUAAUAUAUUUCCGGGUGUCACCUCUUUAAUAUUCACAAAUGUUAGGUUUAUGCCUAAUGCUACUGGAAUUCUCCUUAAGAUUCCCAAUCUUGAAGAGCUGGUGUUUCAUGAAUGUGAAGACAUUGAUAAUUUUGUGGUCAGCGCUCCAAAGCUUAAAAGCCUCACUUUCACUAAUUGUUCGACCAUUAUUGAAUCAAAGUGGUUUGAGCUUCAUUUUCCAGUGAUUAAGACUCUUCACUUUUCUGCAAGUUGGUUUGGGGUGAGAAUCUUGUCUGUAAAAUGUUAUUUCCUUUAGAAUGAAUUGUAAUGAUACAUCUGAUUGUUACCUCGUCUUGUAAGAGUCCUUGUUUCAAUCAAGGUUAACGAUUUGUUUUGUGUAAUCUUACUUUUACUUUUAAUUAGUGUGAACGUGACAAUGAAAUAAAUGUGCAAGAGAGGUUCCCAAUUGCUGUAAAUCUGGAAGUGAUUGAACUGCACGAUUUAUGUUUUGUUUGCCCCAAGUGCUUGCCUCUUGUUAUUCAAUUUCUUCAAAAAUGUCCAAAGCUCAGCCAACUGGAAAUUGAGAUAGGAAAUGAGUGGCUGUUGAGAAUGGAUGAUCCAAGUAUUUUGGAAAAUUCAGACAGUUGGUUUAAAGAUCAAGAUCUGUGCGAGCUUAAAACAGUUAAGAUAAAAGCAUUUACAGGAUUAAGCGGGGAAAUGCUCUUAAUAAAAAAAAUCCUUUCAAAGUCCCCCGCACUUGAGGAAGUUGUUAUUAAAGAAUUGAGUAACUAUCGUAUCGGUGGCCCUGAGCCUCUCAAAAUGACAAGGGAGAUGAUCAGAUUUCCUCGCGCGUCUCCAAAAGCACAAGUUAUCUUCUUGAACAACUAAUAAAGGUAUACCAGACUGGCUGAUUUGUUCCUGAACUAAUAUUAGGCUAUUUGCAGCAGUUUAGAAGGUGCAGCUCCAUGGGUUCUGGUUGUGCAUGUACGAGCCCAGAAUUUUGGUCGCUUGUUUUGUUAGAUAAUUGGGAUGUACGGAGUAUCUAAUAUUCUUCAAUAUGGUUUUGUGACUGAAAGUUUCUCCUGUUUUAUUUUCAUGGUUGAAACUUGAAAGUUAUGUGCUCUGAAAAUUAGAGCAAUGUUAUUCCCUUAAUAUAUCCUCAUUCCUGACUGUCAUCAAAU